AUGGAAGAGACAAAAGAAAGCUUGGCAUUUAAAGGUGUUGCUGAGAGACUGACGCUUGGUAUUACUCGAAUACUCGAGAACAUGCCUGGUGUGGUCGAUGUGCGUUUUGCAGAGAGGGAGCCUGCAGAGAAGAGGAGCCUGCUCUCAUGGGAACAGAAAAACGCGUGUAUUUUGCCAGAGGACCUGCGAGAUUUCUAUCUGACAACUGAUGGAUUUACACUAACCUGGAGCGUUAAACUAGACAAUGAGUGUGUUCCCUUAGGAUGCAUGAUGAUUAACAGUGUGGCCAGGCUGUGCCCACUCCUCCAACCAUUAUCAUUAUUCUCUCUACCCAAUGCACCCUCACUUGCAGACCUGGACUGGGAGGAGAGCAACACAGAAAGUGGAACGGGUCAUGCUCCUGCUGCACCCCAUUUUGAUUCCCGAAGCCGCUUCUUCGAACUGGAUUCCUGUGGUGGGAAUGGAAAAGUGUGCCUAGUCUACAAAAACUGCACUCCAGGUGUCGUGGCCCAGCAGAGUGAAGUCUGGUUCCUUGACCGCUCGCUGUGCUGGCAUUUUAUGACAACUACCUUUACCUCCUACUACCGAUUGAUGAUCACCCACUUGGGUCUGCCUGAGUGGCAGUAUGCCUUCACCCCAUAUGGCCCCAGCCCCCAGGCCAAGCAGUGGGCAUCGCUCUACCAGCCACUGAUUUUCAACAAUGAGCUCUGCUCAGCUGAUCCUGCUGGAGAUUCCUCUCUCAACAAGCUGGAUCCUACAAGGGCCUUCAAAGGCAAAGCCAAGGUACCCGUCCCCAAAAAGAAGCAGUCGACACAGUGCAGCUUAGGGAACACUGCCAAGAUCCAUGGCAAUACAGGAAAAAACACUGGGCCAAAGCGAUGAACGUUCCCGUCCAAGGAAAAAUAUUUCAACCAACUUCACUGUCUACAACCAACAUGACUUAGAGGAGAAGUCUGCAAUCCUGUGAGAACCAAAUCCAAAUCUAAGUUUGGUAUCCUGCAUGUCUAAAUAGAUGCAUAACAGGGUUUUACUUGGCCCAACACAAGACUAAAGUGGUUCCAGCUGGUGGAAGCAAUGUGCCCCCCCCAACCACCCACCCACCGCAUUAGGCUUUCCAGCUAAUUGCAUCACCAAUAGCUUUAUUAUUCCAGGACUCAUUUAACAGUGUUCACUAGUGAAACAAAGUGGUAAAAUUAAUUUAAAGCAGCCAAUUCAUAAAAUGUGAUCAUGUGCUUUUGACAUAGCACAGAUAAUACUGACAUGUAGUAAUAAAUUGUACCACUGCUGUGACCAGUAAGGCUUGUUAACACUGUAUAUAUUUAUAACUGUAGUUAUUGUCUCUAGGCCUGAUUUGCCACUGUACAAAUAACUCCAUAAAAUUGAAGGAAACAGAAAGAAUAAACAUAAUACUGUGUAGGUUUCAGUAAAAGUGCUCGUAUGACG